AUGCUGCUAUUCGUUAUCACUAAACAUCUGAUUACUUUAACAAUACUCACAAUAUUAUUCAUUGAUGAAAUAGACGCGCAGAAUUUAGUCCGAGACUCGUUUAAUCGAAAUAUUUUAGGUCGUGACUCACUGAAUAAUAAUGCUAACGUAGGAGCUGGACCCGCUGCUCCUCCAGCUAAUCAAGCUAAUCAAGCUAAUCAAGCUCAACAGAAUUCUUUUCCGUGGCAAACUGCGCUUGGUGCUGGUCUCGGUUUUCUUGCAGGAAGUUGGUUAGGCAGAGGCUCAACUUCAUCAUAUCCAUAUGGUUACUACGCUUACCCGUAUUAUCCGUACAGUUAUUACUACCAUCGUAACCCCUAUUACUAUUAUUAUGGUUAA